ACCAACAUCAGUAUCGCCUCGAGUCAUGGAUCUGGGGUUUGAGAAAGCUUCUCAGCCUGCAAUCAAUCGCCUCAUCUCCAAAGAACGAGUCAAUUCAGAGUCAACGGGGCUCUUUUUCUGCUCUUCCUCUUAAAAAUUUUGUCGAGCACUUGACACUCAUGCAAAACCACAGCUUGUCCAGCUGCGCAGAUUCUUUGUGUAAUUUAUCACGAGGAAUAUAUGCAGAGAUCCGUCUCUAGUAGUUGCUGCUUCAUGCGGAAUCACGGAUUCAGGUCUACUAAACUUUUCAUAUGUUCUCUCCCACACAGAAUAUUUCCACCAUCAUCUUCUUUUGCUGGGCCAUCACUUUCAAAAAGCAGUCUUCUUGGGGGCGCAUCAUUUCCUUUUUUUCUUCCUCCGAAAGGAUAUAGCUGUAAAUUUACGUUCUUGAUUAGAAGCAUGUCAUCCACGGCAAGUUUGGAGUCUAUGAAGGAGCAUACAGUUCCUGAUAAUGGAGUUGAGCAGGUUCAGUUGCUCAAUGGAGUUGAGGAUCUAUACGAUGGAGUAGUUGUGGAAAUAAAGGAGUAUAUGGACUCCAAUAGUUUUAUUCCGUUACUUAGAGCUUCCAUUUCACAAUGGAAGCAACAGGGUAAGAGGGCUGUUUGGAUCAAAUUGCCAAUUGAAUUUUCUAAUCUCGUCAAUCCUGUAGUUCAGGAAGAGUUUAGGUACCAUCAUGCUGAACCAGAUUACUUGAUGUUAGUGCGUUGGCUACCUAAUACUUGUGAUACUCUUCCGGUAAAUGCUUCACAUCGAGUGGGUAUUGGAGCAUUUAUAGUGAAUAAUAAUAGAGAGGUCCUUGUAGUUCAAGAAAGGAGUGGUGGAUUUAAAGGUACAGGGUUAUGGAAGUUACCUACUGGAGUAGUCAAUGAGGGUGAGGAUAUUUGUGAAGCUGCAAUUCGGGAGGUUAAAGAAGAAACUGGAAUUGAGGCAGAAUUUGUAGAAGUUUUAGCAUUUAGACAAAGCCACAAUUCAUUCUUUCGCAAAUCAGAUUUAUUUUUCGUUUGCAUGUUACGACCGCUCUCCUUUGACAUCCAGAAGCAAGAUUCAGAGGUUGAGGCAGCCCAGUGGAUGCCAAUUGAGGACUAUGUGAAUCAACCAUAUAACAAAGAACACCAGCUCUUCCAGUACGUAGCAGAAAUAUGCAAAACAAAGUCAGAAGGGAACUAUGUUGGGUUUUCUGCAUUUCCUACAGUCACAGCUUCUGGUAAAAAGACUUACUUGUACUUCAAUAACGGGGAUCUCAGCAAACUUUAAGACCCUUAUCGUAGAAUUUUGCGAGUCUGCUAUGGAGUGUGUUGGUUGAGAUGCUGAAAAGUC